CUUCAUUGUCUUUCAAAUCGUAUGUAGAUACAGUGUGAAAGAGCGGGCACGUGCAUUGACUCUGUCAUUCUAUGUUCAACUAGCCUGAAAGAUGUCGUCCGUCUAUGGAACUUCCAUACAACUAUAAGCGUUGACUGCUCCAUGACCUGCACCUCCCACCCCUUCCCUUCUUUCUGAAAUGCCUUCUUUCUGGAAAGCAUUCUCGCAUACCUCUUCCCAUUCUCACUCCGCCCGGACCAACUCAUCACCGGCUUCUAGUUCAAGCCCGGCGUAUGAAUCUCCCCGCGGCGGCAGCGAUAGGCAUCUUUUCGGCGGCGGCGGAGGUCAGCGGCUGACCCGGCAGCCGAGGUUGAGGCAUGCGACGGAGGACGAGCUCGGGUUACGCCUCGGGCUCAUUGAUGGGCAGUCAAAGUCAAAGUCUUUGCCGGUCUCCCCGGAGUCCAAUUCACGGUUGCGGCGUCACGCCGGCCACUGGUCUGAAUCCGCCUUGCCGCAGCCACUUCCCCUGCCCAAACAGAAUUCUGAGGGUGAGAGUUUACUGACCAAAGGCCAAGGACAUAUUUCAAGCUCUGCAGCCACAAGUAAUCCCUCAAGGGAUGGUAAUGGAAAGGCAGUAAAUUCAAGAAGGGGAGCAACAACUCAAACUUACAGACGGAGAGGUUUCUAUGAUGAUCAUACAAACACGAACAAGGACAGACUAGACUCCUUCAGACUUGAGGUCCCAGCAAGGAGUGCUCCGGGCAGUGGGUUUACCAGUCCUGUCCUCAGCCCGAAAAAGUUUAGCACAGUUGACAUCUUUAACCCUGCAUUUCUGCAUAGUAAAUCUCACCUGGAGAAUAACCUCAAUGUCCAUCCAUUGCCCCUUCCACCCGGAGUGUUGAGGCUAUCACCGUCAUGUCCCACUCAUAACAAUACAGAAAAAUCAGCACAGUCAUGUCCCACUCAUAACAAUGCAGAAAAAUCAGAUACACCGCUGCCAACAAAAGGUCUAUGGCAAAAAAGGAAAUUAUUAGGACGUGGCACUUAUGGAACUGUUUAUGUUGCAUCUAAUUGUGAAACUGGUGCAUUAUGUGCAAUGAAAGAAGUCGAAUACGCCCUUGAUGACCCAAAAGCCUUAGAAUGCAUACAGCAGCUGGAACAGGAAAUACAAGUGCUUAGACAGCUGAAACAUCCCAAUAUUGUGCAGUAUUAUGGCAGUGAAAUUGUUGAUGAUCGGUUUUGCAUAUAUUUGGAGUACAUUAAUCCUGGAUCACUUAAUAAAUAUCUUAGAGAUUAUGGAGGAGCUUUGCCAGAGUCUGUUGUUAGGAAUUUUACUCGUCAUAUUGUUUCUGGAAUGGCUUACUUGCACAGCACCAAGACAAUUCACAGGGACAUAAAAGGGGCUAAUUUGCUUGUAGAUGCAUCUGGUGUUGUCAAGCUUGCUGACUUUGGAUUGGCAAAACAUCUUUCGGGAAAGAAUAUUGAUCUUUCAUUGAAAGGAAGUCCGCAUUGGAUGGCCCCUGAGGUGAUGCAGGCGGUGUUAAGGAAGGAUGAUAAUCCAUAUCUUGCACUUGCUGUCGAUAUAUGGAGCUUGGGCUGUACGGUCAUUGAGAUGUUCACGGGGCAACCUCCCUGGAGUGAUCUUAGUUGGGUACAAGCGAUGUUCAGUGUAUUGAACAAAUCGCCACCUAUACCAGAAACACUAUCUUCAGAAGGAAAGCAUUUCAUUGGAUGCUGCUUGCAAAGGAAUCCAGCAGAUAGGCCAUCUGCAGCUAUGCUACUUGAUCAUCCUUUCUUACAUCUCUCCCCUGCCUCUCCAUUCCAACAUGAUACACAACAAGACCUGAUGAAACAUCAACAACUUGAUCAGCUAAAUGCAACUCCGUCCAUUAUGCAUCUGAAACUGUUGCGUAGCAGCCACGGUGAAAUAGCAGGUACACACCCACCUAAUUCUGAAGCUAAUGGUGCUGUUGGGGGAUCUCGUCAUCAUUCACCACGCUCAACGCUCGAGCAGCACUCCAUGUUCACAGGGAGCUGAAAAUACAAGGUCUUGGUUGAGCAAUGACUAUGGGAAAUGAAAUCCGCAACUCAUGUAUUUGUGUAUAAUAUUAUAGGUUAUAUAAGUUUUUUUUUUUUUGGAAAAAUCAUAGGUUAUACGAAGUGCCCCAAAUGGCCAUGUUCGGAUGGCGUUCGGACCGGGGGCUGCUGGACAGGAUCAUUCCUCUACGAAGUAUGGAGUAUAAGUUGAGCAGAAGCUUAUGUACCUCAAGUGAUGCAUCGACUUCUAUUUAACAAAGUCUCCAUCUAUUGUUGUCAUCAAGUAUUCUUGGUAGGACAAAAAUAUUUGAUAAUCAUUAUCUCAAUUUGUUUCAAACUGAAUUCAUUAGAAAACAAAUGGAAACUGAAUCCUGAUUGAAAUGUUUACCCCUAAUUGGCAAAUGGCAAUUGAAUAUUUAAC